AUGGCAAGGUUCUCGGUCCUAUUUGCAGCAGCAGGACUCCUCCUCCUAGUAGCCAUGGCGGAGGCCACCACCAAAACCAUCUUCACCACCACCACCUUUGAGGAAAACCCCACCGACAGAACUGAUAUGUCAUGCAGUCAGCAGCUGGUUGAGCAGGGGAUGCUUAACCACUGUGUGAAGUACCUUGAAACUGGCUCAGGAAUGAGCAUGGACCUAGAAAGGACGUCGGAGCCAACCCCUGCAGAGAAGCACUUGAUGCUGUGCUGCAUGCAAGUAAGGAACAUCGAUGAGAUGUGCAGGUGUGACGCCAUCAAGAUGAUGAUGAACCAACAAGGGUGGACGCAACAACAGAUGGGUCAGAUGAUGGGCAUGGCGGAGAACCUGCCCAACAAAUGCAAAGUCGAACCAGAAAUGUGCAAAAUGAGAGCCGUCUGGUUCUAA